GGUCUGAGAGGGUGAAUUGGGCGGGCGGUUCCAGACCCAGCGGUCAUGUGACUGGGAAGAUGGCCGCCUUUCCCUGGCAUUCUAGGAAUAGGAACUACAAGGCUGAGUUUGCAUCAUGCCGACUGGAGGCUGUACCGCUGGAGUUUGGGGACUAUCACCCACUGAAACUGAUAACAGUCACAGAGUCAAAGACAAAGAAAGUGAGCCGGAAGGGAAGCACUUCUUCCACAUCCUCUUCAUCCUCCAGCUCCGUGGUGGACCCGCUGAGCAGCGUCCUGGAUGGGACCGACCCCCUCUCCAUGUUCGCAGCCUCUGCUGACCCUGCAACCCUGGCGGCUGCCAUGGACAACUCCAGAAAGAAACGUGACAGGGAUGAUAACUCCAUUGUAGGAUCAGAUUUUGAGCCUUGGGCCAGCAAACGAGGAGAAAUCCUUGCCCGGUACACUACCACGGAAAAGCUCUCUAUUAAUCUUUUUAUGGGAUCUGAAAAAGGCAAAGCUGGGACCGCCACAUCUGCAAUGUCGGAGAAGGUUAGGACCAGGCUGGAGGAGCUGGAUGACUUUGAGGAGGGAUCCCAAAAGGAGCUGUUGAAUUUGACUCAACAGGAUUAUGUGAACCGCAUAGAGGAGCUCAACCAGUCGCUGAAGGACGCCUGGGCCUCGGACCAGAAAGUGAAGGCUCUAAAAAUAGUCAUCCAGUGCUCAAAGCUUCUUUCGGACACAAGUGUUAUUCAGUUCUACCCAAGCAAAUUUGUCCUUAUCACUGACAUACUUGAUACAUUUGGGAAGCUGGUGUACGAGCGCAUCUUUUCCAUGUGUGUGGAUAACCGCAGUGUCUUACCAGAUCACUUCUCUCCAGAGAAUGUAAAUGACACAGCCAAAGAAACAUGCUUAAAUUGGUUUUUCAAGAUUGCUUCCAUCAGGGAACUCAUUCCAAGAUUCUAUGUGGAAGCUUCCAUCCUGAAGUGUAACAAGUUCCUCUCCAAAACGGGGAUUUCAGAGUGUCUGCCGCGGCUGACGUGCAUGGUCCGGGGCAUCGGGGACCCGCUGGUGUCAGUGUACGCCAGGGCCUACCUGUGCAGGGUGGGCAUGGAAGUGGCUCCACAUCUCAAAGAAAGCCUAAAUAAGAACUUUUUUGACUUUCUCCUCACAUUCAAACAGAUUCACGGGGAUACGGUCCAGAACCAGCUGGUGCUCCAGGGCGUGGAGCUUCCGUCCUACCUUCCCUUGUACUCGCCUGCCAUGGACUGGGUCUUCCAGUGUGUUUCCUACCACGCCCCCGAGGCUCUGCUAACAGAGAUGAUGGAGAGAUGUAAGAAGCUAGGAAACAAUGCCUUGCUGUUGAACUCUGUGAUGUCGGCUUUCCGGGCCGAGUUCAUUGCUGCAAGGUCCAUGGAUUUCAUUGGCAUGAUUAAGGAGUGCGACGAGUCCGGUUUCCCUAAGCAUCUCCUUUUUCGCUCCCUGGGGUUAAACUUGGCCUUGGCUGAUCCUCCUGAGAGUGAUCGACUUCAGAUUCUCAAUGAAGCUUGGAAAGUUAUCACUAAAUUGAAGAAUCCACAGGACUACAUUAAUUGUGCUGAAGUGUGGGUGGAGUACACCUGCAAGCAUUUCACGAAACGAGAGGUGAACACCAUUUUGGCUGAUGUCAUCAAGCAUAUGACUCCAGAUCGUGCCUUUGAAGACUCCUAUCCUCAGCUUCAGUCAAUAAUUAAGAAAGUAAUUGCACACUUUCACGAUUUCUCAGUUCUUUUCUCAGUGGAAAAAUUUCUGCCGUUUCUGGACAUGUUCCAAAAAGAGAGUGUCCGGGUGGAGGUUUGCAAAUGCAUCAUGGAAGUUUUUAUCAAGCAUCAACAGGAGCCCACCAAGGACCCCGUGAUUCUGAACGCCCUUUUGCACGUUUGCAAGACCAUGCACGACUCUGUGAAUGCACUCACUCUUGAAGAUGAGAAAAGAAUGUUGGCAUAUUUGAUUAAUGGAUUUAUAAAAAUGGUGUCCUUUGGCCGUGAUUUUGAACAACAGCUGAGUUUUUAUGUUGAGGCCAGGUCAAUGUUUUGCAAUCUGGAACCUGUUCUUGUGCAGUUGAUUCACAGUGUGAACCGGUUGGCAAUGGAAACAAGGAAAGUAAUGAAGGGAAAUCAUUCUAGAAAGACCGCUGCAUUUGUCCGGGCCUGCGUUGCCUACUGCUUCAUUACCAUUCCCUCCCUGGUGGGGAUCUUCACCCGCCUCAAUCUCUACCUGCAUUCCGGUCAGGUGGCCCUGGCCAACCAGUGCCUCUCCCAAGCUGAUGCCUUUUUCAAAGCCGCCAUAAGCCUCGUUCCAGAAGUUCCCAAGAUGAUUAAUAUUGAUGGAAAGAUGCGGCCCUCAGAAUCAUUCCUUCUGGAAUUUCUCUGCAAUUUCUUUUCUACAUUAUUAAUAGUUCCGGACCAUCCUGAACACGGAGUCCUGUUUCUUGUUCGAGAGCUGCUCAACGUGAUCCAGGACUAUACCUGGGAGGAGAACAGCGAUGAGAAAAUCCGCAUCUACACCUGCGUCCUGCACCUGCUGUCUGCCAUGAGCCAGGAGACCUAUCUCUACCACGUAGACAAAGUCGACUCCAACGACAGCCUCUAUGGGGGAGACUCCAAGUUUCUGGCUGAGAACAACAAGCUAUGCGAGACGGUGAUGGCUCAGAUCCUGGAGCAUCUGAAAACCCUGGCCAAGGAUGAGGCCUUAAAGCGCCAGAGCUCGUUGGGCCUUUCCUUCUUUAACAGCAUCUUGGCCCACGGGGACCUGCGCAACAACAGGCUCAACCAGCUGUCUGUCAACCUGUGGCACCUGGCACAGAGGCACGGCUGUGUGGACACCAGGACCAUGGUGAAAACUCUGGAAUACAUCAAGAAGCAGAGCAAGCAGCCAGACAUGGGGCAUCUGACUGAGCUGGCCCUCAGGCUCCCUCUGCAGACGAGGACCUGACUCCAGGGUCUCUGAUGCCAAUCCAGAAAGACCUGUUUUGUACUUUUUGUUUUCAUUUUUAUGCACAUACAGAUGGGUUUCUCUGCUGUUGUGCCAGUGAAGUGAAGAAGUGGGAGCUGUCAAGAGUAUUCGAAUCUAUUCCUGCUCACUGAGCACGGCGUCUGUUUCUUUGCACAACUGGCCUUCAGAUGGGCCUUUAGAGAAAAACAGAGGAAUGCAAGUAACAUCUCUCUUUUCGGGAAGGGUUAAUUGAAAAAAGAACCUUGAAAAGCAGUCCACUUUGAAAGAGCUGCUGUGCCCUUUCCCUGAUUUGCUUUAUGUCAAAACCGGCUCUUGACUGGAUUUUAAAUAUGCUGAUAGAUUAAAGGAGAAAAAAGCCAGAUUUGAGAUUCUCUGGGGCUUCGAUGGAAAAUAUACUGUAACUGAAUAAACCUCCCUGAAGGAAUAUU